AUGGCGGCGCCCAUGAAGUUGGCACAUGAACCAGCGGGUAAUGACGCUUUAGACUGGUCUGAUGACAAUCAAAUCGCUGUUGUUUCUGAGAAAUGCGUCAAUAUAUUCUCACUGCAGUGCGAUCCAUCAGACCCAGAUAGCACUUUUGUGUUUGAGAAACUGUUGGUUAAACCCUGUCCCGACAUCUUAGAGUUCGACGUUGGCGUUAGCUUGAAAAGUCUUCUUAAGAAUGAUGGAAAAUACAAUCAUUACUUGCAGUCUACCAUGACCGACCGAACUCUUUUCCCACAACAUCUGAAAAGGACUUUUUGUGGGGAGUGCCAGACGGACAGGAAUGGUUUCAUAAAGGCCAAGUGGUCACCAACAGUCACCAGUAAACUGGACAGGUCAUUACUGGCGUGUCUUACAUUGGACCACAGACUCACUAUCCAUAAGAGGAAAUUAAGAAAAGGCAAUUUUACCAAGAUUGCAGACCUCUCAAUCCUUCUUAACGAACUCCUUGGCCAGCAAGAAUUUGCCCAUUCUAAUGAGGAGCCACACCCGAAGUUACGGAACAGUACAGACAUUGAGACAAAAUGUAAGGAGCUAACGCGACGUGUCUACAUGCUAGCAGCUGUCAACAUGGAAUGGUCAGUAGUUCUCUACAACGAUUCUGAUUCCAGUAUGGAUUGGGAAACACAGAAAGAAAAUGUGUCAUCUGACAGUGAUGCAUUCAUCUUAUUGGCCGUUUCAAUGAAGAGCGGACACGUUGGGAUAUGGAAGUUCAGACUCCCAUUGGACAAUGAAUCUGACAUCAGCUUCUACAGUGUGUUUCUCAGUGGGUACCAGUGGGCAAAAUCCUUAGCAUGGUGCAGAACUUCACCACAGCAGGCUACCAGCCAUGCUGUAAAAGCAGGGACCUGUUUAGCCGUAGGUGAUCAUGAGGGCCGGAUUUCUUUAUGGAAUCAAGACGCACGAAAUGAAGCAACUCCAACUUUCCACAAAUGUCUGGAUGUUUGGACGGAAAAGGACUUAAUUGCUGUUUCAAACAUGGCAUGGGUCUGCACUUCAACCACAGAGGACUCUACUUGUACAGCAACGCUUGUCGCUACCAAGGGAGUGUACAUCUUAGCAUUUUUGUUGGAUCUGAGUAAGAUGGCUGUAAUCCGCCAGACGCAAGCACUGAGCCAACAUGUCAUACCACCUACAAGUUUGUGUGUAUCGGGCGACACAGUAUUGACUGGAAGCACGUGUGGCUCUCUUCACCAAGUUAGCAUUGAUUGGACCACCUCAGAUAAGGUAUUGACAAUAGAUAUUUUGGAACCAGAUAUUCCUAAUAUAAAAGCUUUUGGCAGCGCAGUGUCACCUAAUGGGAUCUUUGCAGCGUUUCCAUUCACCUACCAUUGGAGGCAAAACAGGUUCAACUUGAGAAAACUCAAUUUCCACACUGUGAGAAACUCUGCCUACAUUGUUGCAGGAUUACUGAAUCCCAAAAGAUAUUUGAGUGAAAAAGUAGAUAUGCUCGAGUACGUCCGCCAGACAGCAGUUAAUUCCAGCAACGAGCUUCCUCAAGAAUUACAGUCGAUUGCCGACGGGGAAGUGACCCAGAUCAAGUCUGAGGUCGGUCAGGACAGAGGUCAUUGCUACUUGCUGAGACUGAGACGGUUCUUGUUGCGUCUGCGUUUGUGUCAUAUCAAGGGGCUGAAGAAAGAGCUUGAUGCAGAAAAUGAGAAGGAGAAGAUGGUGGAGGAGACUGAAUCUGACAUACAAAAAAUUGAAGCAGAACUAGUGAAACUGCACAUUAUUUCAGCACUGCAGUCAUGGCAAUACAUCCCCGUGCCAAUUAAACAUAGUGACACUGCUUCAGCCACUGCAUUGUUAUUAAUGGCUGAUUGGCUGUCGGACCACAGUGAAACAACUGACGAGCCAAUCAGAGGCCUUGUUACUGAAGUACACAACGUCUUUCCUCAUUCGUCAGAAGUUGGGAGGAGAGAGUCAUGUGACCUUUGCGAAGAAAAUAUAGAACUAACAAGUACAUCAUCGGACGCUUGUAAGAAUGGACACAGAUGGAAGAGAUGUUCACUGAGUCUCCGGCUGUGCCAAACAACCUCCAUCCCAAUAAUGUGCAGUCAUUGUGAUGCAAUGGCCUUGCCUGUACCAGAAAACACAGAUUCUAUGUGGCUCAGAGAAACAUUGCGAGAAAGAUGCAUCUUCUGUGAGGCAGUGUUUGUACCAACAUAACAAAGAACACACUGGCAGGACUCGAUGUGUAUAAAGAACACACAGGCAGGACUUGAUAAAGGAACACACAACGGCAGGACUCCAUGUACAUAUGAAGGCAUCUCUUGUAUUUUUCUACAAUGGACCAGGGCUUAAUUUCACAACGCACUGAAGGUGUUUUUAAAACCUCACCUUUGGCUUCGGGUGCAGCUUGGGAUCGGACUUAGAUUUGGGCUCCCAUUCCAGCUUGGACUCCCAUUAUGACUUGGGCACCCAUUCUGGCUUGGACUCACAUUAUGACUUGGGCACCCAUUCUGGCUUGGACUCACAUUAUGACUUGGGCACCCAUUCUGGCUUGGACUCACAUUAUGACUUGGGCACCCAUUCUGGCUUGGACUCACAUUAUGACUUGGGCACCCAUUCUGGCUUGGACUCACAUUAUGACUUGGGCACCCGUUCCGGCUUGGACUCACAUUAUGACUUGGGCACCCGUUCCAGCUUGGACUCACAUUAUGACUUGGGCACCCAUUCUGGCUUGGACUCACAUUAUGACUUGGGCACCCAUUCUGGCUUGGACUCCCAUUAUGACUUGGGCUCCCACCCUGGAUUGGGCUCCCUUUCCGGCUAAUGUUGGCAGUCUCCCUAUUUUGUAAAUUUUUGAGCGCGGGUUGUCAGUCAGAAGCCACGCAACCUGUAACUGCCGGGAGAGGCUGGAGAGGGAUCUCCUUAAAGGCACUGGACACUACGUUACUUGGUAACGUGCAAUGGAGAGCUGUUGAUACUAUAAAACGUUGU